CAUCAUAUUUUUUUUUCAAUUCAUCUUUUCCUAAACAUCAAUUUUUACAAUUCAAGCUUUCUGUUUCUAUUCAUUAGGUUGCUAUUUGACAAUGAACGCGGAGCCAAUGUCCUCGAGAUUUUUAAUGUAAUGGUUCAGGAAAUCGAUGACUUCACCAAGAUCAUAUUAGAUAAAUGGACUGGAGAAUGCUGGCAUGGGGUUCAGCUGGAUAUUGUCCUAACGCUGCUUGAAAAAAAUGAUGCUAAUGAACUCAAAGUAAACUUUUCUGAUCGACUUAAAACAGCUUUAAAGGACAUUAAGGUUAUUCGUCUUCUUGGUUGCGAUAUAUCUCCAAACUUGACGAAAUUCUUUGCUAGGGAGGAAGAACUCUGGCAAGCUCGUAUUAAGCUAAUGCGCAUUGCUGAGUGGUAUAAUGACACACACGCUCGUGCACACCCAACGGAAAAGCAAUUGAUUGCAGCUGAAAUGGCAAUGAUAGAGGAACAAAUGAAGCCACUAAUGGAGUCAAUUAAAUGGAGUUUGUUUAGUCAACGCUUUAUAGUGAUAAUAUUUAAAAUGGUUAAGUACUUGCACGACCGCUUAGUUGCUGCUCAAGAAAACCUUGAAGCCAUUAAGGAAAGUAUAAAAUCCUGGGGAAAAGUUCCACUAUUCCAGCGCAAGGAUCUUAAUCCACGGCUUUUACUACAUACAGAACCACGGGAGCCAAUUUUAAGCAUGCGAACGGCAAUGGCGUCAAACACUCAGAGGCUUAUUGACCUUCUCAUGUACAUAAACUUAAAACUUUUUUUUGAUAUUCCACGAAGGUAUAGUCUACCUCCCGGAGAGCACGGCGAGGAAGAUGAGGAGGGCGAUGGUAUUUGGCCUCCUAUUAAAAGCCUUUCUGCAAUGACAAGUGUAAAAUUUAAAAAGAAGAGGGAUACGGUUGACGAUGAAGACGAUUUAGAGGAAUAUGAAGAGGAACAGUCAGAAAGUGAGGAGGAAAUAAUUACACCUUUUCACCGUUAUGAACUCCUUAAAGGUGUAAGUAUUGCAGAACGUAAUCUGUUCCGCGAUUACGAGAAGUAUGUUGAUGAAAACAUUGCUGAAAACUUAGUGGAUGCUGUUAUAACAAGCAGCACAUACUUACGAAUGGAAGUAGAUAAUCGAUUUGAAAAUAAUACUCCUAUAUUUGAAAUCUUUAUGGAGCUUCAGGAGCCUAACGUGGUUUACUUUUUAAACCUUGAUACCUCCUCAAAAACUGGAUUCGCAUUUUUCAUUGAAACUUUACUUGACGAUAUGAAUAAUAUGAUGGGUUUAUUAAAUCGUGUAGCCCAAGAUCCUUUUGAAGUUACUGGCCAACAACCUAUAAAUUUCAUUGACGAACUUCAAGAUAAAGCAGAGUUGGAUAAACAACGUCAGGAAAUUAUGAACAAAAUAAAGCUCGCCCUACAGGCUAUUAGAGUGCAUGGAAAAGGCUACAUGGAGUACUCCAGUUUAUGGAUUUGGGAUAAAAGCAUUUAUUUGGCGGAAGUAAAAAAAUUCGGUCGCAACUUAACUCUAGACGAACGCGAUGCUGAGGCUGACCAGGAAGGUAGCUCAUUGGUUAAGCCUUUGGGUAUGGAGAAUCCUCCACUUUCGGUUUAUAAAGAACAGCUUGAUAGAUUUAUAGAGUUACAAGAUCAAAUACGUACUUGGGACACGCAUGAAGAUUUCUUUGUAUUCUUGCGGCUGAACAUGACUGGUUUUAAGGCCGCGGUGCUCAAUCAAGUAGGCCAGUGGAUAAGUCUUUUUAAGAUGGAUUUAAUUAAUCGAGUUAAAAAUUCACUUAAGGAGCUUCAAGACUUUGUGGAUGAGGCCAAUGUUGUUCUGAAAAUAGAGCUGCAAAAGGAUGAUUUUGAAGGUUUAGUCAAGAUUUUAUCCGUUCUGAAUCAGAUCAACGAAAAGCAGUACAUAUAUGACUCUAUGUUUGAACCACUUAAAGAAAUUAUUGACUUCCUUAAACUGUACAAUUAUGAGUUCAAAGACACUGAGUUGGCCCAAAUAAACGAGUUACCGGAUGUAUGGAUGAAAGUCAAGCGCCUGGCAGCUACGACAAAGCAGGUUAUUGCCCCAAUACAAAGCUAUCAAGUGGAUCUUAUUGAAAAGCGCAUUCUUCUCUGCGACAAUAUGGCAAAUACUUAUCGAAAAAAAUUUAUUGUAAAGAAGUUCUUUUUUGUUCCAUGUUUAAACUGCUACGAUCAUAUUGAUGAAUCUGAUUUGGAAAUUGUUGCCCUUGAAGAACGUCAAAAGAGUCUAGCAGAGUCAGCUGUGCUCUUUGAAUUACAGGGUCCAGAUGCUUCAAAAAUAGAACUUUGUCGAUUUGAUUUAAGACUGGUAAAAAUAAUGUGGGACUUUGUCAUCACCAUACAGUCUACUAUUAACGAUUGGAAAAAGACUCCUUGGAAAAAAAUUGACAUAGAAACUAUGGAUCAGGAGUGCAAAAAGUUUGGUCGCGAGCUCCGUGGUCUUGACAAGGCUAUGCGAGAUUGGGAGCCAUUUAUUUUUAUAGAAGCAUCACUCAAAAAUCUUAUGACAUCCCUUCGAGCGGUAACUGAAUUGCAAAAUCCCGCCAUCCGUGAUCGCCAUUGGGUCGAGUUGAUGCAAACCACACAAGUUAAGUUUAGUAUGGAUGAUUCCACUACACUAAAGGACUUGAUUGAUCUAAACCUACAUGAGUAUGAAGAAGAAGUAAAAAAUAUUGUCGACAAAUCAGUAAAAGAAAUGGCAAUGGAGAAACAACUACGAGAUAUAGCCGCUGCCUGGGCCACAAUGGAGUUCGGCUCAGAAAUACACGAAAGAACCGGCAUUAAGUUGUUAAAAGCAUCUGAAGAAAUGAUCGAAACAUUGGAAGACCACCAAGGUCAACUUCAGAAUAUGGCUUCGUCAAAAUAUAUUGCUUUUUUCGAACACGAGGUACGCCUUUGGCAAAACAGAUUAUCCAACGCUGAUCAGAUAAUCGGAUCUUGGUUUGAAGUGCAACGAAAAUGGCAAUACUUAGAAAGCAUUUUUAUCGGAUCUGAGGAUAUUCGAUCGCAGCUACCUGAGGACUCAAAACGUUUUGAUUAUAUUGAUAAAGAGUUCAAGGCUCUUUUAGCUCAGAUGAAUGCCGAUAGGAAUGUCGUAAGAUCUACAAACCGAUCUGGCAGCAAAUUGUAUGAACAUCUUGAGAUGCUGCUUAAAAUGCUGCUUCUCUGCGAGAAAGCGUUAAAUGAUUAUUUAGAAACUAAGCGCUUGGCCUAUCCUCGAUUCUAUUUUGUAUCCUCCGCAGAUCUUCUAGACAUAUUGUCCAAUGGUAACAACCCUGCCCUUGUUGCUCGACAUCUUACAAAGCUCUAUGACUCAAUGGGAAAACUUAAUCUCAUCUCUGGGUCAAAGCUUGCAGCUGGAAUGGUAGCAAAGGAGCUAGAAGAGUAUGUUCCAUUUCUGGAGAGCUGCGAUUGCAGCGGUAAAGUCGAGGUCUGGCUAAACCGAAUAACAGAUAAAAUGCGUGAUACUUUACGAGACCAACUAAAGCGUUCCUUAACCUUUUAUGAUAAUAAGCCUCGACAUGUGUGGAUAUUUGAGUGGCCUGCACAGCCAGCCCUUGUCGGUACGCAAAUAAUGUGGACUACGGAGACUAAUGAUGCUUUUGCCAAGGUACAACAGCGUUAUGAGAACGCACUCAAAGAUUACAAUAAAAAACAGGUCAAUCAGCUUAACAAUUUGAUAAUACUACUUUUGGGGGAUCUCACCGCCGCCGAAAGACAGAAGAUUAUGACAGUCUGUACUAUUGAUGUCCAUAGCCGUGAUGUUGUAGCCACUAUAAUAGCAAAAAAGGUGGAAAUACAAACAGCCUUUCAAUGGCAAAGCCAAUUACGACACCGUUGGGACCCUAAGAUUGACGAUUGCUUCGCUAACAUUUGUGAUGCUCAGUUUCGUUACGAUUACGAAUACUUGGGCAAUACACCACGUCUUGUGAUUACACCUUUAACGGAUCGUUGCUAUAUAACCCUGACUCAGUCACUACAUUUGGUGAUGGGUGGGGCUCCGGCGGGACCAGCUGGGACAGGUAAAACAGAAACUACUAAAGACCUAGGACGGGCUUUGGGUAUGAUGGUCUAUGUCUUUAAUUGUUCAGAGCAAAUGGAUUAUAAGUCCAUAGGCAAUAUUCAUAAGGGUCUGGCUCAGACUGGUGCUUGGGGCUGUUUUGACGAGUUUAAUAGAAUUUCAGUAGAAGUUUUAUCCGUUGUGGCCGUGCAAGUAAAAUGCAUACAAGAUGCUAUUAAGAGUAAAAAACAGAUUUUCAACUUUUUGGGCGAGCCUAUCGGUUUACGUACCACCGUUGGCGUAUUUAUAACGAUGAAUCCCGGGUAUGCUGGACGAGCAGAAUUGCCAGAAAACCUAAAGGCCUUAUAUAGACCUUGCGCCAUGGUUGUUCCCGAUUUCGCUUUAAUAAGCGAGAUAAUGCUGGUGGCCGAGGGAUUUCAGGAAGCUCGUUUGCUAGCACGCAAAUUUAUUACUCUUUAUACUCUAUGUAAGGAACUGCUUUCUAAGCAAGAUCAUUAUGACUGGGGUCUGCGGGCAAUCAAGUCUGUUCUUGUAGUGGCCGGUGCACUCAGGCGGGACGAUCGACUACGACCGGAGGAUCAGGUGCUGAUGCGGGCACUGCGGGAUUUUAAUAUACCCAAAAUUGUAACUGAUGAUGUGCCCGUUUUCAUGGGAUUAAUUGGAGACCUGUUUCCAGCACUUGAUGUGCCGCGGAAACGCAAUCCAGAGUUUGAAUCUGUUAUCAAGCGGUCCGCCAUAGAUCUUAAGCUUCAACCAGAAGAUGGAUUUAUUCUAAAAAUAGUUCAGUUAGAGGAGCUUUUUGCCGUUCGUCACUCAGUUUUCAUUAUCGGCUUUGCUGGCACUGGAAAAUCAGAAGUAUGGAGGACCUUAAACAAAACAUAUCAAAACCAAAAGAGAAAAGCUCAUUAUAAUGAUCUAAAUCCUAAAGCGGUAACGAAUGAUGAACUUUUCGGCAUCGUCAAUCCGUCCACGCGUGAGUGGAAGGAUGGGCUGUUUUCCAUUCUAAUGCGUGACCAAGCCAAUCUUGGGGGUACAGGCCCGAAAUGGAUUGUUCUAGAUGGGGAUAUUGACCCCAUGUGGAUUGAGAGCCUUAACACUGUAAUGGAUGAUAACAAAGUAUUAACCUUAGCCAGUAACGAGCGCAUUGCACUGACUAAAGAAAUGCGUCUUCUUUUUGAAAUUGCAUCGCUGCGCACAGCAACACCAGCCACAGUGUCAAGAGCAGGCAUAUUAUAUAUUAAUCCGCAGGACUUGGGUUGGACCCCAUUUAUACAGUCUUGGCUUGGAACUCGUACAAAUUCUAGCGAAGUGUCCAUGCUUAACGUUCUAUUUGAUAAGUAUGUACCUCCCCUCCUCGAGAUCUUUCGGAAUCGACUGAAGUCGAUAACGCCUAUUUCAGAUAUUGCACGUUUGCAAAUGACCUGUUUUCUUUUGGACAGCAUGCUAACACCUCAAAAUGUACCUAACGAUUGUCCAAAAGACUGGUACGAGAUUUAUUUUGUCUUUUGUAUUGUUUGGGGCUUUGGCUCCUCGCUUUUCCAGGACCAGAUUAUUGAUUGGCGAAAUGAAUUUAGUAAGUGGUUCUUAAACGAAUAUAAAGCGGUCAAGUUUCCACCCUCUGGAACUAUAUUUUCCUUCUAUAUUGACAAUGAAACAAAAAAAUUUUUGCCGUGGACAAAUUUAGUUCCAGAUUUCGAGUUAGACAUGGACCUGCCUUUGCAGUCAAACUUGGUAAACACAGCAGAGACAACACGUCUCCGAUUUUUUAUGGAUACUCUUAUUGAGGCAGACCAUCCGUUGAUGUUGAUUGGACCCUCUGGAUCUGGAAAAACAAUCUUAAUGAAUGCUAAGCUCAAUGCUCUGCCAACAGACAAAUAUGCUUUAACAAACGUUCCAUUUAACUUUUACACAACAUCUGAGAUGCUUCAGCGCAUUCUAGAAAAACCAUUAGAGAAGAAAGCUGGUCGGAACUAUGGUCCAAUUGGUAACAAGCGAAUGAUAUACUUUGUUGAUGAUAUGAAUAUGCCAGAGGUAGACAAAUACUUCACUGUACAACCACAUACAUUAAUCAGACAGUUUAUGGAUUAUCACCAUUGGUAUGACAGACAGAAAAUGACUUUGCGGGAUAUACAUCAAUGCAAUUUUGUGGCUUGCAUGAAUCCUUCGGCAGGUUCAUUCACAAUAGAUCCGCGUCUCCAGCGACACUUUUGCUCCUUUGCUGUAAACCCUCCAAGUCAAGACGCCUUGUUCCACAUCCUCAACUCUAUAUUGUCACAGCACUUGGAAAAUCCGUCGCAAAAAUUCGAUAGGUCAGUUGUAAAGUUAUGCGAAAGCAUGGUAACUACAGCUAUCACGCUCCAUAUGAAGGUGGCUUCGUCUUUUUUACCAACUGCCAUAAAGUUCCACUACAACUUUAAUCUUCGAGAUAUUGCAAACAUAUUUACGGGUGUUCUCUAUGCUAACAACGAGACCUGUUCGAACGCUAAUCAAAUGAUUCGUCUAUGGAUUCACGAAUGCUACCGCGUCUAUGGUGAUAAGCUGGUUGACUAUACCGAUAUCAAUAACUUUAAAAAAAUCGUAACUGAUGUUGUGCGCAAAGGGAUUGAGGGUUUAAAUGAAGAAGUGAUUUACGCACAACCACUAAUUUACUGUCAUUUUGCAAAAGGUUUGACUGACAUCAAAUAUAUGCCCAUAUCUGGCUGGGAACGGCUAAAAAGUCUGUUAGACGAGGCACAAGAUCGCUAUAAUGACUAUGUAGGAGCCAUCAAUCUAGUUCUUUUCGAUGACGCUAUGUCACAUGUAUGUCGUAUAAGCCGCAUCCUUGAAUCGUCUCGGGGCUAUGCGUUGCUAAUCGGUGUUGGGGGUUCAGGGAAACAGUCCCUAACUCGCUUAGCUUCAUUUAUUUCCUCAUUGGACGUUUUCCAGAUUCAAUUGACAAAGGACUAUAACGUAAACGAUUUAAAGGGAAACAUCGCUACUUUGUAUAUGAAAGCUGGCGUAAAGACCACUGCCUGCUGCUUCCUCAUGACCGACUCGGAGGUAGCUCGGGAGCAAUUUCUAGUGCUAGUGAAUGACCUCCUUGCUUCUGGUGACAUUCAUGAACUGUUUGCUGAUGACGAAGUGGAAAAUAUUGUGAACGCUGUGCGUAAUGAGGUCAAACAGCUUGGUAUAUUAGACAAUCGCGAGAACUGUUGGAAAUACUUUAUUGAGAAGGUUCGCAGUUUGCUUAAGGUAGUACUCUGCUUUUCGCCUGUAGGUGCAACUCUUCGUGUCCGUUCUCGAAAAUUUCCAGCUUUAGUAAACUGUACAACUAUUGAUUGGUUUCACGAAUGGCCUCAACAAGCAUUGGAGUCUGUGUCACUUAGAUUUUUAUCUGAGAUCACUGUGUUGCCAAAAGAGCUCGCAUUUCCAGUGUCUAAUUUUAUGGCAUUUGUUCAUAAAACAGUCAAUGACAUCUCUAAGCUUUAUUUAGCCAACGCCAAAAGAUAUAACUACACAACACCUAAGUCCUUCCUUGAGUUAAUAGCACUCUAUUCAAAACUUCUAAAUGAAAAAGUUAAAGCUAAUCUAGAUCGCCGUUUGCGCUUGGAAAAUGGUCUAAUUAAAUUGGCUAGUUGUACAAAAGAAGUGGAUGCGUUGCAGGACGUCCUAAAGGUCCAAGAGGUCGAGCUGAAGGUUAAAAACCAGGAAGCGGAUAAUUUAAUUGUAGUUGUAGGUACUGAAAAUGAAAAAGUGUCAAAGGAAAGAGCCUUUGCCUCAAAAGAAGAGAAGAACGUCCGUCAAAUAGAGGAAGAUGUUACUGCAAAAGCAAAACUUUGCGAAGAGGAUUUUCUUAAGGCGCAACCAGCUCUGAUUGCUGCUCAAGAGGCACUUAACACUCUGAACAAAAACAAUCUUACAGAACUUAAAUCAUUUGGAUCGCCACCUGAUGCUGUAGUUAGUGUGUGCGGUGCAGUUUUGGUGCUUUUCGCAAGCAAAGGAAAAAUUCCUAAGGAUCGCAGCUGGAAGGCGUGUCGUGUUCUGAUGAGUAAUGUAGAUAAAUUUCUCGACAAUUUAAUUAACUAUGACAAGAAACACAUUCAUCCCGACGUUAUAAAAGCUCUUCAACCCUAUAUUCUCGAUCCUGAGUUCAGCCCCGAAAAGAUUUUGGCUAAAUCUUCAGCAGCUGCAGGAUUGUGUUCAUGGGUUAUUAACAUUAACCGGUUCUAUGAUGUAUACCUUAUUGUUGAACCAAAAGAAAGAGCCCUUAUGGAGUCAGAAAAAGAAUUAAAGGACGCUCGGGAUAAGUUAACGGCUCUAAAUCAAAGGCUCACUGAACUGGAGGAACAAUUAAAUGCACUGCAAAUGGAGUAUGAUGAAGCUCUUGGGAAAAAACAGAAAUGUCAGGAUGAAGCUGAUAAAACUGCAUUUACCAUAGAUAUUGCAAACCGAUUAAUAGGCGGCUUGGCGACUGAAAAAAUACGAUGGAUGGAAUCAGUAAAAAGCCUCACUUCAGGUAUACAACAACUGCCUGGAGAUAUUUUAAUCAUAUCCUGCUUUAUUUCUUACGUUGGAUGCUUUACGCGAGCUUAUCGACAGGAGCUUCAAGACAAAAUGUGGAUGCCGGCUUUUAAAAGCAGCCAGCCUUCUAUUCCUUCAACGGACGGCGUUGAUCCUUUUGAAAUGAUCUGCGAUGAUGCCCAAAUUGCUGAGUGGAAUAACCAAGGCUUGCCAAGCGAUCGCAUGUCUGCUGAGAACGCCGCUAUCCUUGUGCAGUCUGAGAGAUACCCGCUCAUGAUAGAUCCCCAACUUCAGGGAAUCAAGUGGGUGAAAACUAAAUAUGGAUCUGGUCUUGUUGUUUUACGUCUUUCGCAACGAAACUACCUUGAUCAAGUUGAGCGGGCCGUAAGUAAUGGUAAUACGUUGUUAAUUGAAAACAUCGGGGAAAACGUCGAUCCUGUUCUUAAUCCACUUUUGGGUCGUCAGUUGAUCAAAAAGGGAACUAUUUUGAAAAUUGGCGAUCGCGAAAUUGAUUUUAAUCCAAAAUUUCGUUUAAUCCUUCAUACUAAGCUUGCGAACCCUCACUAUAAGCCUGAAAUGCAGGCACAGACAACUUUGAUAAACUUCACCGUGACACGUGAUGGUCUAGAAGAUCAGUUGUUAGCAGAGGUUGUUAAAGUCGAGCGUCCCGACCUAGAGGCCAUGCGAACUCGCUUAACGCAGCAACAGAACCACUUCAAAAUAACACUUAAGUUUCUGGAAGACGACUUGCUUGCACGUUUAUCUUCAGCAGGCGAUAAUGUUCUCGAAGAUGUCACUCUGGUUAUGAAUCUUGAAAAAACUAAAAAAACUGCGGACGAAAUUGAAGUAAAGGUUGCAGAGGCAAAAAUAACAGGUGUCCAGAUCGAUUCUGCUCGGGAAGCUUAUCGUCCAGCAGCUGAAAGAGCCUCUAUUAUUUAUUUUAUUUUAAAUGACUUAUUUAAGAUCAAUCCUAUCUACCAGUUUUCUCUCAAAGCGUUCACAGUAGUGUUUAACAACGCAAUGCUAAAGGCAGCAACAGCUGAGAAGCUUAAAGAUCGAGUAGAAAACCUUAUUGAUUCGAUCACCUUCUGUAGUUAUGUGUAUACGUCUCGUGGAUUGUUUGAGCAAGACAAACUAAUUUUCCUGACACAGAUGUGUAUUCAGAUCCUAGUUAAUGCUGGUGAGGUGGAGCCUAGUGAGCUAGAUUUUUUGCUACGAUUUCCAUAUAUGCCAAAUCAGACUUCAAACUUUUCCUGGCUCACUCAUGUGGGUUGGGGCGGUAUAAGGGCACUUAACAAUCAUUCUGCUUUUAAGGGGUUGGAGAAGGAUAUUGAGGGAUCACACAAACGGUGGAAAAAAUUUGCAGACUCAGAAAGUCCAGAGAAUGAAAAAUUUCCUGGCGAAUGGAAGGGAAAAUCACCAAUCCAAAGACUCUGCAUAAUGCGUUGCAUACGACCAGACCGUAUGUCAUAUGCUAUGCGCUCCUUUAUCGAAGAAAAGCUCGGAUCAAAAUAUAUUGAUGCACGCUCUAUGGAAUUCGCGAAAACUUUUGAGGAGUCUAGCCCAGAAACACACAUGUUUUUUGUUCUCUCUGCUGGUGUUGAUCCUCUGAAAGAUGUUGAAAAGCUAGGUAAGAGUCUGGGAUUCAGUUUUGACCAUGAAAAUUUUCAUAGUGUAUCGCUUGGCCAGGGCCAAGAAAUUGUGGCCGAGAACGCAAUUGAGAUAGCCUCCCAGCAAGGUCAUUGGGUCAUUUUACAAAAUAUACACCUUGUUGCGCGUUGGUUACCCAGCCUUGAAAAGAAAAUGGAGUCUUCUCUUAGUAAUGUUAAUAUUAACUAUCGACUUUUUUUGAGUGCCGAACCCGCUGGUGAUCCUUCGGCUCACAUAUUACCUCAAGGAAUUCUGGAAUCUGCUAUAAAGAUAACAAAUGAGCCACCGACAGGAAUGAUGGCUAACAUUCAUAAAGCUUUAGACAAUUUUAGCGAUGAGACGCUUGAGAUGUGCUCAAAAGAGACAGAAUUUAAGGCGAUUCUUUUCUCUCUGUGCUAUUUUCAUGCUGUGGUUGCUGAGCGGCGAAAGUUUGGCCCUCAGGGCUGGAACCGCGGGUACCCCUUUAAUGUGGGUGAUCUUACGAUAUCUGUGUACGUUUUGUAUAACUAUCUGGAAGCCAACACUCGCGUACCUUGGGAGGACCUUCGUUACCUUUUUGGGGAAAUCAUGUAUGGAGGACACAUAACUGACGACUGGGAUCGACGGCUUUGUCGUACCUAUCUCGAAGAGUUUAUGCAGCCAGAGUUAAUUGAUGGAGAGUUGCAGUAUUGCCAGGGUUUCCCGGCACCGGGGAUUCUAAAGUAUGCUGGAUACCACCAGUAUGUAGAUGAAAACCUUCCGUCUGAAAGCCCUUCACUAUAUGGCUUGCAUUCAAAUGCAGAGAUUGGAUUUCUCACCACAGUUUCUGAACGCCUUUUCCGAAUUGUUUUCGAAUUACAGCCGCGUAUGGCAGGUGGUUCAAGUGGCGGAGGUGAUUCUGUUUCCCAAGAGGAUGUCAUAAAGGGCAUUAUCGAAGAUCUACUGGACAAAAUUCCAACGCCUUUUAACAUUCUUGAGCUUAUGGGUCGUGUUGAGGAUCGCAACCCUUACAUAAUUGUCGCCUUUCAGGAGUGCGAACGCAUGAACCUUCUUAUGGCUGAGCUACGACGCUCUCUGAAUGAACUUGACUUGGGCCUUAAGGGAGAGCUAACUAUCUCAUCUAUUAUGGAGGACCUGAUGCUUUGUCUUUACAAAGAUCAAGUGCCUGAGCAGUGGACCAAAUUAGCCUAUCCAAGCAUGCUAGGACUUCAGUCGUGGUUCUCUGAUUUAAUGUUGCGGUUGCGAGAGCUUGAAGGAUGGGUGGCAGAUUUUCGUAUGCCGUCUUCUAUUUGGCUUGCAGGAUUCUUCAAUCCGCAGUCACUACUUACCGCCAUUAUGCAGCAGACAGCACGCAAAAAUGAGUGGCCUCUUGAUCGAAUGUGUCUUAACUGUGACGUAACCAAAAAAUGGAAGGAAGAGUUUACGGCGGCACCUCGCGAAGGAGCCUAUGUCAACGGGCUUUUUAUGGAAGGUGCUCGAUGGGAUGCAAAGAUGGGCACCAUAGCAGAUGCUUUUAACAAAGAACUUUUUCCUGCCAUGCCAGUUAUUUACAUUAAAGCAGUAACCCAGGAUAAGCAAGACACUAAAAAUGUAUAUGAAUGCCCAGUCUACAAAAUUCGCCUACGGGGACCUACAUUUGUUUGGACAUUUAAUCUGAAGAGUAAGGAAAAAGCCAGUAAAUGGACCCUAGCUGGAGUAUGUCUUUUGCUGCAGACUUAAAUAUAUGUACCAGAAAAAUGUCCUUUGGAACUCUUAGAAAUUAU